ACAAACACACAUUCUGUCAAGCUGCUUUGCUCAGGACCAUGGAGAAGGACUUAAUAGAUCACCCAGGCUGAGACUAAUGUCUCUGGCCAAAUGUCAAUGUUUUAUCUUUUUAUCUUGACCAUACCUGACACCAUCACUACAGAUUGGCGCUCACCAUCCUUCUUUUUGACAUGGAAGAAACAUCGACCCAGACCAGCCCUUCCUCCCCCAGCUCUGUCUGUUCGUCGGAUCACAGUGUUCCCUUAACCUUUCAUGCCCCUCGAUUUGGGACAGUCAUUCCCAAUCGCGUAUUUGUCGGUGGAAUUGACAUAAAGACAAAUGAAAGCGAUUUGAGGCGUUUUUUCUCCCAGCUUGGGGCUGUCAAAGAAGUAAAGAUUGUCAUUGAUCGCGCUGGAGUGUCCAAAGGGUAUGGCUUUGUCACCUUUGAAACUCAAGAAGAUGCUCAGAAAGUCCUCCAGGAAGCUGACCGGCUGUCUUUCCGGGACAAGAGGCUCAACAUCGGCCAAGCCAUCCGCAAGCAGCAAGUGGGCAUGCACUCAGGUGGAUUUGUGAUGCCUAAUCUCAACCCAGCUGCGACCCUCCCUGGUCCUUGCGGCACCAUGUACCUCACCACCUCCACAGGGUACCCCUACACUUACCACAACGGGGUGGCCUACUUCCACCCCCCAGAGGUGAACACUCCUGCCUCACACUGGCCUUCUCGCUCUGUAUCUGGGUCCCCUGUCAUGAUGGCCCCCUCUGCUCCGCCAGUCUACCCUCAACCUGCUUACCACCAUGCUUAUCAGGCUCCUGCACACUGUGUUCCCACAACUCUUCAGUGGAACAUUCCACGGUCUCCAGUGCCCUCUAGCCCCGUCCUGUAUGUGCAGCCCUCUGAUCUUCGCUACCAGCCCAUGGAGAUGCCUGCUGACGUCUCCUGCAUCCAGACCUCCAUCCCCAUGACUGAAGCCUCCAUGCCAGAGCAAACCCACAUGGAUCACAUGGUUCAGCCAGCGUAUCACCACUUGUACCUGCAGAAUACAGCAGGAAUGGGACCCAUUAUAAUACACCAAGAAACAGGAAAGGAACAGAAGUUCCACUCCACCAGGCGAGGGUAUCCUCACUCCCCCAUCAGUCUGAAAAGCAGGUGCAGCCGCAGCCCCCACUACACCCACCUGCGCAAGGACCCCGUCGCCACCGCUGCUGCUGCUGCCGAACUGACCGAGCUGACCGACCUGCCUCCCCAGCAGGCCACCGAGCCCCUCAAGUAAACAGGAAAAAAAGGAACACCC